AUGUGCAGGACCGAGGGGAAAAACUCGAGGCUCCUGCUGGUGACCACGGUCUACCUGAGCCUCCUGCUCGACAAUAUUCUACUCACCGUCGUCGUGCCGAUAAUACCGGACUACCUGUACACCCUCGAGGGCAAUUCGAGCGGCAGCGAGGAGGACGAGAACGGCCGGGUUGGGGUGUUGCUCAGCUCCAAGGCCUUCGUGCAGCUGGUUUUGAACCCCGCGGUGGGAACCCUCACGGGGACUUUUGGCUACGCCAAACCCCUCCUCCUCGGCAAUUUCGCCCUUCUGUUGGCCGCGCUGCUAUUUUCGUUCGGUCGGACGUUCGAGGUGCUCUUCUUGGCGCGGAGCAUCCAGGGCGUGUCCUCGGCUUGCAUCGGGGUCUCGGGGAUGUCGCUGGUGGCCUACCAGUAUCCGGAGGAGGACAAGCGCUCCAAGGUCAUGGGCUUCGUCCUCGGCAGCAUAGCCGUGGGCGUUCUCCUGGGCUACCCCAUGGGCGCGGUCCUCUACGACCUCGAGGGCAAGACGGCCCCCUUUCUCCUCGUCGCCGGGCUCGUCGUCCUUCUCAUAGGACUCCAGCUGCUCCUCUUGGACUUCCGGCCGACGCCGCGGAAAACCGAGGAACAGCCGAAUUGGGCGCACCUGCUGUUCGACACCCACAUACUGGUGGUGGCCGGGGCCAUUUGGUUCUCGACAACGCCCAUGGCCAUCCUCGAGCCGUGCCUGCCCAUCUGGCUGCGCACGCACGUCAAGCCAAAGAAGUGGCAGCUGGGCACCGUGUUCCUGCCGGACAGCGUGGGCUACCUCAUAGGGACAAACUUCUUCGGUAUGGUGGCCUACAGGUACGGGCGGUGUAAGACCGCCGUCGUGGCAAUGCUGAUGGUCGGGCUGAGCGCCCUCGCGAUACCGGAGGCCGACAGCAUCCUGGAGUUGACGAUUCCGCACUUUGGCCUCGGAUUGGGCAUUGGGGUGGCCGACGCUGCCCUCGUGCCGCUGCUCGCCUCCCUGGUCGACCAGACCGGCGGCUACGGGCCCGUCUACUCGAUUCAACAGAUCGCGGUCAGCUUCGCCUACUCUCUGGGCCCGAUAGUGAGCGGCGAGUUGGUGAAGAGCGUGGGCUUUGCGUGGGUGAUGCGAGUCGCCGGACUGGCCAACGUGGCCUAUUGUCCUCUCCUGGUGUACCUGGCGCUCGAGCGUCGAAAGCACCAGCCCCUGGCGGAGGCGCGCGGCAACGGGGAGUACUGCUCUUUCGAGAAGCCGGGGCUGCAGCCCCAGCGGCAAUUUCAGUACGAGCGCUUUUACGACUCGGACGACGGGCUUUAA